AUGACCACGUUUGACAAAGGAUCGAAGCCAGACAUCGGCACGUUCGUCGCCUUCGACCACGUCCGUUUCAUUGUCGGAAACGCCAAACAGGUUGCUCCUAGCCUCUACUCAUCUCUAUUAUCGUUUUCUGUUUUCAGGCCGCUUAUUGGUACUGUGCCAACUUUGGAUUCGAGCCUUUUGCGUACAAGGGACUGGAGACUGGCUCCAGAAUUACUGCCCAGCAUGCUGUCAGACAGAACCGAAUCGUGUUUGUGUUCGAAUCGGCUCUUCUGCCAGACAACUCCGAACUGGGCCCUCACUUGGUCCAGCACGGAGACGGAGUGAAGGAUGUUUGCUUUGAAGUUGAGGAUCUCGAUUCGAUUGUGGCUCAUGCGAAGGCCGCCGGAGCCACUAUCAUUCGUGAAAUAACCGAGGAAAAGGACGAGAACGGUUCAGUCAGAUAUGCCACUCUCAGAACGGUACGCAUUGCACUCAUAACCAUUCUCACGCCCUCCGUUUCAGUAUGGAGAAUCCGAUCACACUCUUCUGGAGCGCAAGAACUACCGCGGAACAUUCCUGCCUGGAUUCAAGGCUCAUCCGAUGCCACGUGACUUCUUCCAGUCUUUGCCACAUGUCGGACUGAACUUCCUGGAUCAUUGCGUCGGAAAUCAACCGGAUCUGCAGAUGAACUCUGCCGUCGAAUGGUACGAGAAAGUGCUGCAGUUCCACCGAUUCUGGUCUGUCGAUGAUUCGAUGAUUCACACCGAAUACUCUGCUCUCCGCUCUAUUGUCGUCACAAACUUCGAAGAGACUAUCAAGGUAAAGCAUCAUGAUCGAAUAGGAAUACAUUGUGUGCAACUUUCAGAUGCCGAUCAAUGAGCCAGCUAAUGGAAAGAGAGCGGUCUCUCAGAUUCAAGAGUUCGUCGACUAUUACGGAGGAUCCGGAGUGCAGCACAUCGCCCUCAACACCUCGGACAUCAUCACUGCGAUCGAAGCCCUGCGUGCCCGAGGCUGCGAGUUCCUCUCUAUCCCCGCCAGUUACUACGACAACCUGAAAAAGAGACUCGCCAGCUCUCCGAUCACAGUCAAAGAGGACAUGGAUCGUCUGCAGAAGCUGCACAUUCUCGUUGAUUUCGACGAGAACGGAUACCUGCUGCAGAUCUUCAGCAAGCCGUGUCAAGACCGUCCGACUCUCUUCAUCGAGAUCAUUCAGAGACAGAACCAUCAAGGAUUCGGAGCAGGAAACUUCAAAGCUCUGUUCGAGUCGAUCGAGUUGGAGCAGACAAAGAGAGGAAACUUAUACUAUGAAAAUGUUAAAGAAGGAAACAAGCAAUAA